ACUAGCAGCCACUCAGAAAAAAAGAGGUUAAAAUCAACUCAGAACGGUGGAGGGAGGGAGAGAGAGGGGGCAGAAAACGCCCUGGAAAUCUGGUUGAUCAAGAAAUCGAAAAAGACUGACAGAGUCCUAGCAGACUGCGAAGGCGUGACAGUGUGAAAGUGUUUUUCUUGGAGUGAGGAGAAGUGGAGAAGUUUUCAAGGAUGCUCAAGCAGGCGUGAGGCUUCUAGGGCGCUAAGGCUGCGCACAGAAGUCAAGAAUACAAGAACAGAAGCAAUAAACUGAAGCUCCUUGGCUUUGCUUGAGCAAUCCAAGGAAAACAAAGAGAAUUUGUGCUACAACGAGGCUUGAAUUGAAGAAAACAAAAACAAGAUGGCUGACGAAGAGGAGACAAGGGAGGUACUCUUUCCAGAUUGGGAAGGUGCUGACAAAACUGGCAUGACCAUUGAACAGACAAGUGGAGGACAGCUCUUUGUUAAGGAGGUGAAAGGAGAGUCACCAGCAGCACGGUCUGGAAAAGUAUAUGAAGGUGACCAAAUUGUGGGUGCCACUAUCUACUUUGAAAAUAUGAGUUCUGAAGAAACAGCAGAGCUACUAAAGACACUGAACAAACACAAGGUUGGACUGAAACUACAAAACAAAGGAGACAAAUCCCCUUACUACUCACCGCUGAGCACACCAUGUCGUUCACCAGUCAGCACCCUUACAUGGGAAGGAAAGACCCGCUUUGGAGAUUCCAGUCCAGAUAUCAUUCUUAGUGGGGAUGAUGAAGAUUAUAAGCGAAUAUACACAAGAAAGAUAAAACCAAGGCUGAAAUCUGAAGACCUUGCAGAGGGAGUGGAUGUUCGCACGGAGCGGCACAGCAGCACAAGCAGCGAUGGCAGCACAAUUACUACCAUCACUCGUCGUAUCACUACUUACACAGUAGAUAUGCCAAGUGGCAUAAGUGAGCAACUUGAACUUUCAAGCCCAGACGUCAAAGGGCUAAGGCACGAAUCUGGAGAUGGAUCUUCUCAUAUCAGAAUCUCACAUGGCAGCCCUUCAGGUAAAAUGGGAGCAGAAGAAGGUGUUUUUGAGUCAGGCGACAUAACUUACACUGGGCCAAAUAUCACUUCCACUGUGACACGCUGGGGCAAUGGUGGGGUUCAAACUACAACGCAUAUAGGAGAGGAAAAAGAAAGAAGUGAUCUUAGAUUUAAGGUUCCUAGCUUUGGAGUAACAGGUAGUAAAUGCCAUGAAGGCACUGAAACUUCAAGAGGGAGUAGUGAGCAAGGAGAUGAAAGUGUUCAGGAUUCAGAAAUGACUGUGACACUAAGAGACAACAAAAACACUGCUGGCAGCCAUGUUACAGCUGGGUCAGGGGGUGCUGGGAUAAUUUCAACUGACGAAAACGGAGGGUCGGGUAGACUGUCUUUACCAGGAAAAGGAAUGAAAAUUUUGACUGCAACCACAGAGAAAACACAGAUGGGAAGUUCAGACAGUACUUUAGAUGAGAGGACAAAAGUUAAGAUAUCUGGAAUUACAAUCAGUCCCCUGCAGACGAAAGGAUCAGGUAGUACUGACAUUCCACAUAUCACAAUAGGAGGGUCGACAGAUACUGGUGCAAAUUUGAAAGAUGGCAGGAUAGAAAAAUCAACAAUAACAUUAGAUAAUGUUACCUCGGGACUUUCUUCAAAAAAAUCUGAACUGGACAUCAAAGGAGCCGGUGUUCAGAUCAAGGGCCCCAGAGCCAACACUGAAGGGUCAGUUUUGAGUGUAAGACAUUCAGAGUCUGAAAGUGACAUCGGAAGUGCUGAAAUCAACUCUAAUAUUCAAAUCAAACUCCCAACAACUGAUAGCAAAUACAAAAUGGAUGUUAAUGUUCCAUCCAUAUCCGGGCUGAACAAGGUUGAGGGAAAAGGUGAUUUAACUGGUGAGAGAAAAACAGCAGGACUGAAAUUUGACAUUAAAGGUUCAAAUAAAGACACUGAGAGGAAAGAGGGAACAAACGCUCAUGUACAAAUUCCUGAAGCUGACAUUAAAGCAAUAAAACCUUCUAUUGACAGUAAGGAUGUAAAAAUUAAAGGACCCAGUGUUGAUAUUAAAAGAACACAAGUAAAUGUCACAGUGCCUGCUGCAGAAUUUGGAGUUCCAAAAGCAGAGCGUCUAGAUGUUGAUCUAAAACUUUCCAAAUCCAAAACUGACACCAAAAUACCUAAAGUUGAAAAUAAAGCAGGGAUAAAAGGGGAGAUAAAAACACACGAGAUUGAUGUCAAAGGUCUAGAGAUAAACCUUCCCAGGACUGGUAUUGAUGUUAAAGCACCUGAUUUUGAUAUUACAGGACCGCAAGUGGACACAGAAGACCUUGAUGUGAAUCUCAAAGGAUCAAAAAUAGAACUACCAUCAUUGUCGGGAACUAAACUGAAAGAUUUGGACAUGAGUGUGAAAGGUCCCAAAAUGAAGGGAAAUGUUGAUGUACCAAACCUUGAGAGGGAUAUAAAAACUCCAAAAAUGAAGAUUGAAGGAAAAGAAAUUGACAGUGAAGGCCAAACCAGUGGACUUAUUAUGUCCAAUAUUAAAAUGCCAUCUCUUUGCAUAAAAGGUCCAAAGCCUGAAGGUCAGGAUGUGAAUAUUAACCUUUCCAAGACUGAAAUUAAUGUUAAAGCACCUGAAGUCGAUGUAUCAUCAUCACGGGGACCCAAAUUGGAGGAGUUCAACAACACUGUAAAAGGGCCAAAACUCAAGGGAGAUGUUACUGUAUCAGCUCCAAAGAUUGAGGGAGACCUACAAGCUCCAAAAGUGGACAUUGAAGGAAGAUAUGUUAAUAUUGAGGGCCAUAAAGGAGGACUUAAAAUGCCCAAAGUUGAAAUGUCAUCCUUUGGUGUGAAAGGUCCAAAGGUUGAAGGUCCAGAUGUUGAUGUCAGCCUUCCUAAAGGUGAUAUUGAAAUCAAAGCACCCAACAUUGAUAUUAAAGGAGCGGACAUUGAUGUUGAGGGUCCGAGUGGAAAGAUCAAAGGACCACAAUUCAAGAUGUCAGGUAUAUCCGGGCCCAAAGUUUCCAUGCCUGAUGUGGAUUUCAAUCUGAAAGGCCCCAAAGUUGAAGGUGAGGUGGAUAUUCCAAAGAUUGAAGGAAAAGUGAAAGCACCGGGAGUUGACAUUGAGGGACCGAAAGUUGACAUCGAAGGUCCAAAAGGUGGAUUUGAAAUGCCCAAAAUAAAAAUGCCAACAUUUGGCUUUAAAGGUCCAAAGGUGGAGGGUCCAGAUGUUGACAUAAACCUUCCCAAAGCUGAUGUCAAUAUCAAAGCACCUGAAGUUGAUAUUAGAGGACCAGAAAUAGAAGGCCCUGAUGCCAAACUCAAAGGACCCAAAUUCAAACUGCCAUCACUGUCAGGACCCAGCCUACCAGAUUUUGACAUUAAUUUGAAAGGCCCAAAACUCAAGGGAGAUGUUGAUGUGUCCGCUCCAAAGAUUGAGAGAGACAUAAAGGCACCCAAGGUGGACAUUGAGGGACCAGAUGUUGACAUUGAGGGCCACAAAGGAGGACUUAAAAUGCCCAAAUUCAAAAUGCCAGGCUUUGGUAUGAAGGGUCCAAAAGUUGAAGGUCCAGAUGUUGAUGUCAGCCUUCCUAAAGGUGAUAUUGAAAUCAAUGCACCCGACGUUGACAUUAAAGGAGGAGACAUUGAUGUCGAGGGUCCGAGUGGAAAGAUCAAAGGACCAAAAUUCAAGAUGCCAGGUAUUUCCGGGCCCAAAAUCUCCAUGCCUGAUGUGGAUUUCAAUCUGAAAGGCCCCAAAGUUGAAGGUGAGGUGGAUGUUCCAAAGAUUGAAGGAAAAGUGAAAGCACCGGGAGUUGACAUUGAGGGACCAAAAGUUGACAUCGAGGGUCCAAAAGGUGGAUUUGAAAUGCCCAAAAUUAAAAUGCCAACAUUUGGCUUUAAAGGUCCAAAGGUGGAGGGUCCAGAUGUUGACAUAAACCUUCCCAAAGCUGAUUUCAAUGUGAAAGGACCUGAAGUUGAUAUUAAAGGACCAGAAAUCGAAGGCCCUGAUGCCAAACUAAAAGGACCCAAAUUCAAACUGCCAUCACUGUCAGGACCCAGCCUACCAGAUUUUGACAUUAAUUUGAAAGGGCCCAAACUCAAGGGAGAUGUUGAUGUGUCCGCUCCAAAGAUUGAGGGGGACAUAAAGGCACCCAAGGUGGACAUUGAGGGACCAGAUGUUGACAUUGAGGGCCACAAAGGAGGACUUAAAAUGCCCAAAUUCAAAAUGCCAGGCUUUGGCAUGAAGGGUCCAAAAGUUGAAGGUCCAGAUGUUGAUGUCAGCCUUCCUAAAGGGGAUAUUGACAUCAAAGCACCCGGCGUUGACAUUAAAGGAGCUGACAUUGAUGUCGAGGGUCCGAGUGGAAAGAUCAAAGGACCAAAAUUCAAGAUGCCAGGAAUAUCUGGGCCUAAAAUUUCAAUGCCUGAUGUGGAUUUCAAUCUGAAAGGCCCCAAAGUUGAAGGUGAGGUGGAUGUUCCAAAGAUUGAAGGAAAAGUGAAAGCACCAGGAGUCGACAUUGAGGGACCAAAAGUUGACAUCGAAGGUCCAAAAGGUGGAUUUGAAAUGCCCAAAAUAAAAAUGCCAACAUUUGGCCUUAAAGGUCCAAAGGUGGAGGGUCCAGAUGUUGACAUAAACCUUCCCAAAGCUGAUGUCAAUGUCAAAGGACCUGAAAUUGAUAUUAGUGGACCAGAAAUAGAAGGCCCUGAUGGAAAACUAAAAGGACCCAAAUUCAAACUGCCAUCACUGUCAGGACCCAGCCUACCAGAUUUUGACAUUAAUUUGAAAGGGCCCAAACUCAAGGGAGAUGUUGAUGUGUCCGUUCCAAAGAUUGAGGGAGACAUAAAGGCACCCAAGGUGGACAUUGAGGGACCAGAUGUUGACAUUGAGGGCCACAAAGGAGGACUUAAAAUGCCCAAAUUCAAAAUGCCAGGCUUUGGUAUGAAGGGUCCAAAAGUUGAAGGUCCAGAUGUUGAUGUCAGCCUUCCUAAAGGGGAUAUUGACAUCAAAGCCCCUGAAGUUGACAUUAAAGGAGUGGACAUUGAUGUCGAGGGUCCGAGUGGAAAGAUCAAAGGACCAAAAUUCAAGAUGCCAGGGAUAUCUGGGCCUAAAAUUUCAAUGCCUGAUGUGGAUUUCAAUCUGAAAGGCCCCAAAGUUGAAGGUGAGGUGGAUGUUCCAAAGAUUGAAGGAAAAGUGAAAGCACCAGGAGUCGACAUUGGGGGACCAAAAGUUGAUAUUGAAGGUCCAAAAGGUGGAUUUGAAAUGCCCAAAAUUAAAAUGCCAACAUUUGGCCUUAAAGGUCCAAAGGUGGAGGGUCCAGAUGUUGACAUAAACCUUCCCAAAGCUGAUGUCAAUGUGAAAGGACCUGAAGUUGAUAUUAGUGGACCAGAAAUAGAAGGCCCUGAUGCCAAACUCAAAGGACCCAAAUUCAAACUGCCAUCACUGUCAGGACCCAGCCUACCAGAUUUUGACAUUAAUUUGAAAGGGCCCAAACUCAAGGGAGAUGUUGAUGUGUCCGCUCCAAAGAUUGAGGGAGACAUAAAGGCACCCAAGGUGGACAUUGAGGGACCAGAUGUUGACAUUGAGGGCCACAAAGGAGGACUUAAAAUGCCCAAAUUCAAAAUGCCAGGCUUUGGUAUGAAGGGUCCAAAAGUUGAAGGUCCAGAUGUUGAUGUCAGCCUUCCUAAAGGGGAUAUUGACAUCAAAGCACCCGGCGUUGACAUUAAAGGAGCUGACAUUGAUGUCGAGGGUCCGAGUGGAAAGAUCAAAGGACCAAAAUUCAAGAUGCCAGGAAUAUCUGGGCCUAAAAUUUCAAUGCCUGAUGUGGAUUUCAAUCUGAAAGGCCCCAAAGUUGAAGGUGAGGUGGAUGUUCCAAAGAUUGAAGGAAAAGUGAAAGCACCAGGAGUCGACAUUGAGGGACCAAAAGUUGACAUCGAAGGUCCAAAAGGUGGAUUUGAAAUGCCCAAAAUAAAAAUGCCAACAUUUGGCCUUAAAGGUCCAAAGGUGGAGGGUCCAGAUGUUGACAUAAACCUUCCCAAAGCUGAUGUCAAUGUCAAAGGACCUGAAAUUGAUAUUAGUGGACCAGAAAUAGAAGGCCCUGAUGGAAAACUAAAAGGACCCAAAUUCAAACUGCCAUCACUGUCAGGACCCAGCCUACCAGAUUUUGACAUUAAUUUGAAAGGGCCCAAACUCAAGGGAGAUGUUGAUGUGUCCGUUCCAAAGAUUGAGGGAGACAUAAAAGCACCCAAGGUGGACGUUGAGGGCCCAGAUGUUGACAUUGAGGGCCACAAAGGAGGACUUAAAAUGCCCAAAUUCAAAAUGCCAGGCUUUGGUAUGAAGGGUCCAAAAGUUGAAGGUCCAGAUGUUGAUGUCAGCCUUCCUAAAGGGGAUAUUGACAUCAAAGCACCCGAAGUUGACAUUAAAGGAGCAGACAUUGAUGUCGAGGGUCCGAGUGGAAAGAUCAAAGGAUCAAAAUUCAAGAUGCCAAGUUUAUCCGGGCCCAAAAUUUCAAUGCCUGAUGUAGAUUUCAAUCUGAAAGGCCCCAAAGUUGAAGGUGAGGUGGAUAUUCCAAAGAUUGAAGGAAAAGUAAAAGCACCGGGAGUUGACAUUGAGGGCCCAAAAGUUGACAUCGAAGGUCCAAAAGGUGGAUUUGAAAUGCCCAAAAUUAAAAUGCCAACAUUUGGCUUUAAAGGUCCAAAGGUGGAGGGUCCAGAUGUUGACAUAAACCUUCCCAAAGCUGAUGUCAAUAUCAAAGCACCUGAAAUUGAUAUUAGUGGACCAGAAAUAGAAGGCCCUGAUGCAAAACUCAAAGGACCCAAGUUCAAACUGCCAUCACUGUCAGGACCCAGCCUACCAGACUUUGACAUUAAUUUGAAAGGGCCCAAACUCAAGGGAGAUGUUGAUGUGUCCGUUCCAAAGAUUGAGGGAGACAUAAAGGCACCCAAGGUGGACAUUGAAGGACCAGAUGUUGACAUUGAGGGCCACAAAGGAGGACUUAAAAUGCCCAAAUUCAAAAUGCCAGGCUUUGGUAUGAAGGGUCCAAAAGUUGAAGGUCCAGAUGUUGAUGUCAGCCUUCCUAAAGGGGAUAUUGACAUCAAAGCACCCGACGUUGACAUUAAAGGAGCUGACAUUGAUGUCGAGGGUCCGAGUGGAAAGAUCAAAGGACCAAAAUUCAAGAUGCCAAGUUUAUCCGGGCCCAAAAUUUCAAUGCCUGAUGUGGAUUUCAAUCUGAAAGGCCCCAAAGUUGAAGGUGAGGUGGAUAUUCCAAAGAUUGAAGGAAAAGUGAAAGCACCGGGAGUUGACAUUGAGGGACCAAAGGUUGACAUCGAAGGUCCAAAAGGUGGAUUUGAAAUGCCAAAAAUUAAAAUGCCAACAUUUGGUUUUAAAGGUCCAAAGGUGGAGGGUCCAGAUGUUGACAUAAACCUUCCCAAAGCUGAUUUCAAUGUGAAAGGACCUGAAGUUGAUAUUAAAGGACCAGAAAUCGAAGGCCCUGAUGCCAAACUAAAAGGACCCAAGUUCAAACUGCCAUCACUGUCAGGACCCAGCCUACCAGAUUUUGACAUUAAUUUGAAAGGGCCCAAACUCAAGGGAGAUGUUGAUGUGUCCGCUCCAAAGAUUGAGGGAGACAUAAAGGCACCCAAGGUGGACGUUGAGGGCCCAGAUGUUGACAUUGAGGGCCACAAAGGAGGACUUAAAAUGCCCAAAUUCAAAAUGCCAUCCUUUGGUAUGAAGGGUCCAAAAGUUGAAGGUCCAGAUGUUGAUGUCAGCCUUCCUAAAGGGGAUAUUGACAUCAAAGCACCCGACGUUGACAUUAAAGGAGCAGACAUUGAUGUCGAGGGUCCGAGUGGAAAGAUCAAAGGACCAAAAUUCAAGAUGCCAAGUUUAUCCGGGCCCAAAAUUUCAAUGCCUGAUGUGGAUUUCAAUCUGAAAGGCCCCAAAGUUGAAGGUGAGGUGGAUAUUCCAAAGAUUGAAGGAAAAAUGAAAGCACCGGGAGUCGACAUUGAGGGACCAAAGGUUGACAUUGAAGGUCCAAAAGGUGGAUUUGAAAUGCCCAAAAUUAAAAUGCCAACCUUUGGCUUUAAAGGUCCAAAGGUGGAGGGUCCAGAUGUUGACAUAAACCUUCCCAAAGCUGAUUUCAAUGUCAAAGGACCUGGAGUUGAUAUUAGUGGACCAGAAAUCGAAGGCGCUGAUGCCAAACUAAAAGGACCCAAGUUCAAACUGCCAUCACUGUCAGGACCCAGCCUACCAGACUUUGACAUUAAUUUGAAAGGGCCCAAACUGAAGGGAGAUGUUGAUGUGUCCGUUCCAAAGAUUGAGGGAGAUAUAAAGGCACCCAAGGUGGACAUUGAGGGACCAGAUGUUGACAUUGAGGGCCAUAAAGGAGGACUUAAAAUGCCCAAAUUCAAAAUGCCAUCCUUUGGUAUGAAGGGUCCAAAAGUUGAAGGUCCAGAUGUUGAUGUCAGCCUUCCUAAGGGGGAUAUUGACAUCAAAGCACCCGAAGUUGACGUUAAAGGAGCAGAUAUUGAUGUCGAGGGUCCGAGUGGAAAAAUCAAAGGACCAAAAUUCAAGAUGCCAAGUUUAUCCGGGCCCAAAAUUUCAAUGCCUGAUGUCGAUUUCAAUCUGAAAGGCCCCAAAGUUGAAGGUGAUUUAGAUAUUCCAAAGAUUGAAGGAAAAGUGAAAGCACCGGGAGUUGACAUUGAGGGACCAAAGGUUGACAUCGAAGGUCCAAAAGGUGGAUUUGAAAUGCCAAAAAUUAAAAUGCCAACAUUUGGUUUUAAAGGUCCAAAGGUGGAGGGUCCAGAUGUUGACAUAAACCUUCCCAAAGCUGAUGUCAAUGUCAAAGGACCUGAAGUUGAUAUUAGUGGACCAGAAGUCGAAGGCCCUGAUGCCAAACUCAAAGGACCCAAGUUCAAACUGCCAUCACUGUCAGGACCCAGCCUACCAGACUUUGACAUUAAUUUGAAAGGCCCAAAACUCAAGGGAGAUGUUGAUGUGUCCGUUCCAAAGAUUGAGGGAGAUAUAAAGGCACCCAAGGUGGACAUCGAGGGACCAGAUUUUGACAUUGAGGGCCACAAAGGAGGACUUAAAAUGCCCAAAUUCAAAAUGCCAGGCUUUGGUAUGAAGGGUCCAAAAGUUGAAGGUCCAGAUGUUGAUGUCAGCCUUCCUAAAGGGAAUAUUGACAUCAAAGCCCCCGAAGUUGACAUUAAAGGAGCUGACAUUGAUGUGGAGGGUCCGAGUGGAAAGAUCAAAGGACCAAAAUUCAAGAUGCCAAGUUUAUCCGGGCCCAAAAUUUCAAUGCCUGAUGUCGAUUUCAAUCUGAAAGGCCCCAAAGUUGAAGGUGAUUUAGAUGUUCCAAAGAUUGAAGGAAAAGUGAAAUCACCAGGAGUUGACAUUGAGGGACCAAAAGUUGACAUCGAAGGUCCAAAAGGUGGAUUUGAAAUGCCCAAAAUUAAAAUGCCAACAUUUGGUUUUAAAGGUCCAAAGGUGGAGGGUCCAGAUGUUGACAUAAACCUUCCCAAAGCUGAUUUCAAUGUGAAAGGACCUGAAGUUGAUAUUAGUGGACCAGAAAUCGAAGGCCCUGAUGCCAAACUCAAAGGACCCAAAUUUAAACUGCCAUCACUGUCAGGACCCAGCCUACCAGACUUUGACAUUAAUUUGAAAGGGCCCAAACUCAAGGGAGAUGUUGAUGUGUCCGUUCCAAAGAUUGAGGGAGAUAUAAAGGCACCCAAGGUGGACAUCGAGGGACCAGAUUUUGACAUUGAGGGCCACAAAGGAGGACUUAAAAUGCCCAAAUUCAAAAUGCCAGGCUUUGGUAUGAAGGGUCCAAAAGUUGAAGGUCCAGAUGUUGAUGUCAGCCUUCCUAAAGGGAAUAUUGACAUCAAAGCCCCCGAAGUUGACAUUAAAGGAGCUGACAUUGAAGUCGAGGGUCCGAGUGGAAAGAUCAAAGGACCAAAAUUCAAGAUGCCAAGUUUAUCCGGGCCCAAAAUUUCAAUGCCUGAUGUCGAUUUCAAUCUGAAAGGCCCCAAAGUUGAAGGUGAUUUAGAUGUUCCAAAGAUUGAAGGAAAAGUGAAAGCACCAGGAGUUGACAUUGAGGGACCAAAAGUUGACAUCGAAGGUCCAAAAGGUGGAUUUGAAAUGCCCAAAAUUAAAAUGCCAACAUUUGGUUUUAAAGGUCCAAAGGUGGAGGGUCCAGAUGUUGACAUAAACCUUCCCAAAGCUGAUUUCAAUGUGAAAGGACCUGAAGUUGAUAUUAGUGGACCAGAAAUCGAAGGCCCUGAUGCCAAACUCAAAGGACCCAAAUUUAAACUGCCAUCACUGUCAGGACCCAGCCUACCAGACUUUGACAUUAAUUUGAAAGGGCCCAAACUCAAGGGAGAUGUUGAUGUGUCCGUUCCAAAGAUUGAGGGUGAUAUAAAGGCACCCAAGGUGGACAUUGAGGGACCAGAUGUUGACAUUGAGGGCCAUAAAGGAGGACUUAAAAUGCCCAAAUUCAAAAUGCCAGGCUUUGGCAUGAAGGGUCCAAAAGUUGAAGGUCCAGAUGUUGAUGUCAGCCUUCCUAAAGGGAAUAUUGACAUCAAAGCACCCGAAGUUGACAUUAAAGGAGCAGAUAUUGAUGUCGAGGGUCCGAGUGGAAAAAUCAAAGGACCAAAAUUCAAGAUGCCAAGUUUAUCCGGGCCCAAAAUUUCAAUGCCUGAUGUGGAUUUCAAUCUGAAAGGCCCCAAAGUUGAAGGUGAGGUGGAUAUUCCAAAGAUUGAAGGAAAAGUGAAAUCACCAGGAGUUGACAUUGAGGGACCGAAAGUUGACAUCGAAGGUCCAAAAGGUGGAUUUGAAAUGCCCAAAAUUAAAAUGCCAACAUUUGGUUUUAAAGGUCCAAAGGUGGAGGGUCCAGAUGUUGACAUAAACCUUCCCAAAGCUGAUUUCAAUGUGAAAGGACCUGAAGUUGAUAUUAGUGGACCAGAAAUCGAAGGCCCUGAUGCCAAACUCAAAGGACCCAAAUUUAAACUGCCAUCACUGUCAGGACCCAGCCUACCAGACUUUGACAUUAAUUUGAAAGGGCCCAAACUCAAGGGAGAUGUUGAUGUGUCCGUUCCAAAGAUUGAGGGAGAUAUAAAGGCACCCAAGGUGGACAUCGAGGGACCAGAUUUUGACAUUGAGGGCCACAAAGGAGGACUUAAAAUGCCCAAAUUCAAAAUGCCAGGCUUUGGUAUGAAGGGUCCAAAAGUUGAAGGUCCAGAUGUUGAUGUCAGCCUUCCUAAAGGGAAUAUUGACAUCAAAGCCCCCGAAGUUGACAUUAAAGGAGCUGACAUUGAAGUCGAGGGUCCGAGUGGAAAGAUCAAAGGACCAAAAUUCAAGAUGCCAAGUUUAUCCGGGCCCAAAAUUUCAAUGCCUGAUGUCGAUUUCAAUCUGAAAGGCCCCAAAGUUGAAGGUGAUUUAGAUGUUCCAAAGAUUGAAGGAAAAGUGAAAGCACCAGGAGUUGACAUUGAGGGACCAAAAGUUGACAUCGAAGGUCCAAAAGGUGGAUUUGAAAUGCCCAAAAUUAAAAUGCCAACAUUUGGUUUUAAAGGUCCAAAGGUGGAGGGUCCAGAUGUUGACAUAAACCUUCCCAAAGCUGAUUUCAAUGUGAAAGGACCUGAAGUUGAUAUUAGUGGACCAGAAAUCGAAGGCCCUGAUGCCAAACUCAAAGGACCCAAAUUUAAACUGCCAUCACUGUCAGGACCCAGCCUACCAGACUUUGACAUUAAUUUGAAAGGGCCCAAACUCAAGGGAGAUGUUGAUGUGUCCGUUCCAAAGAUUGAGGGUGAUAUAAAGGCACCCAAGGUGGACAUCGAGGGACCAGAUGUUGACAUUGAGGGCCACAAAGGAGGACUUAAAAUGCCCAAAUUCAAAAUGCCAGGCUUUGGCAUGAAGGGUCCAAAAGUUGAAGGUCCAGAUGUUGAUGUCAGCCUUCCUAAAGGGAAUAUUGACAUCAAAGCCCCCGAAGUUGACAUUAAAGGAGCUGACAUUGAUGUGGAGGGUCCGAGUGGAAAGAUUAAAGGACCAAAAUUCAAGAUGCCAAGUUUAUCUGGGCCCAAAAUUUCAAUGCCUGAUGUGGAUUUCAAUCUGAAAGGCCCCAAAGUUGAAGGUGAGGUGGAUAUUCCAAAGAUUGAAGGAAAAGUGAAAGCACCAGGAGUUGACAUUGAGGGACCGAAAGUUGACAUCGAAGGUCCAAAAGGUGGAUUUGAAAUGCCCAAAAUUAAAAUGCCAACAUUUGGCUUUAAAGGUCCAAAGGUGGAGGGUCCAGAUGUUGACAUAAACCUUCCCAAAGCUGAUUUCAAUGUCAAAGCACCUGAAGUUGAUAUUAGUGGACCAGAAGUCGAAGGCCCUGAUGCCAAACUCAAAGGACCCAAGUUCAAACUGCCAUCACUGUCAGGACCCAGCCUACCCGACUUUGACAUUAAUUUGAAAGGCCCAAAACUCAAGGGAGAUGUUGAUGUGUCCGUUCCAAAGAUUGAGGGAGAUAUAAAGGCACCCAAGGUGGACAUCGAGGGACCAGAUUUUGACAUUGAGGGCCACAAAGGAGGACUUAAAAUGCCCAAAUUCAAAAUGCCAGGCUUUGGUAUGAAGGGUCCAAAAGUUGAAGGUCCAGAUGUUGAUGUCAGCCUUCCUAAAGGGAAUAUUGACAUCAAAGCCCCCGAAGUUGACAUUAAAGGAGCUGACAUUGAAGUCGAGGGUCCGAGUGGAAAGAUCAAAGGACCAAAAUUCAAGAUGCCAGGGAUAUCUGGGCCCAAAAUUUCAAUGCCUGAUGUGGAUUUCAAUCUGAAAGGCCCCAAAGUUGAAGGUGAUUUAGAUGUUCCAAAGAUUGAAGGAAAAGUGAAAGCACCAGGAGUUGACAUUGAGGGACCAAAAGUUGACAUCGAAGGUCCAAAAGGUGGAUUUGAAAUGCCAAAAAUUAAAAUGCCAACAUUUGGCUUUAAAGGUCCAAAGGUGGAGGGUCCAGAUGUUGACAUAAACCUUCCCAAAGCUGAUUUCAAUGUGAAAGGACCUGAAGUUGAUAUUAGUGGACCAGAAAUCGAAGGCCCUGAUGCCAAACUCAAAGGACCCAAAUUUAAACUGCCAUCACUGUCAGGACCCAGCCUACCAGACUUUGACAUUAAUUUUAAAGGGCCCAAACUCAAGGGAGAUGUUGAUGUGUCCGUUCCAAAGAUUGAGGGAGAUAUAAAGGCACCCAAGGUGGACAUCGAGGGACCAGAUGUUGACAUUGAGGGCCACAAAGGAGGACUUAAAAUGCCCAAAUUCAAAAUGCCAGGCUUUGGCAUGAAGGGUCCAAAAGUUGAAGGUCCAGAUGUUGAUGUCAGCCUUCCUAAAGGGAAUAUUGACAUCAAAGCACCCGAAGUUGACAUUAAAGGAGCAGACAUUGAUGUCGAGGGUCCGAGUGGAAAGAUCAAAGGACCAAAAUUCAAGAUGCCAAGUUUAUCCGGGCCCAAAAUUUCAAUGCCUGAUGUGGAUUUCAGUCUGAAAGGCCCCAAAGUUGAAGGUGAGGUGGAUAUUCCAAAGAUUGAAGGAAAAGUGAAAGCACCAGGAGUUGACAUUGAGGGACCGAAAGUUGACAUCGAAGGUCCAAAAGGUGGAUUUGAAAUGCCCAAAAUUAAAAUGCCAACAUUUGGCUUUAAAGGUCCAAAGGUGGAGGGUCCAGAUGUUGACAUAAACCUUCCCAAAGCUGAUUUCAAUGUGAAAGGACCUGAAGUUGAUAUUAGUGGACCAGAAAUCGAAGGCCCUGAUGCCAAACUCAAAGGACCCAAAUUUAAACUGCCAUCACUGUCAGGACCCAGCCUACCAGACUUUGACAUUAAUUUGAAAGGGCCCAAACUCAAGGGAGAUGUUGAUGUGUCAGUUCCAAAGAUUGAGGGAGAUAUAAAGGCACCCAAGGUGGACAUUGAGGGACCAGAUGUUGACAUUGAGGGCCACAAAGGAGGGCUUAAAAUGCCCAAAUUCAAAAUGCCAGGCUUUGGUAUGAAAGGUCCAAAGGUUGAAGGUCCAGAUGUUGAUGUCAGCCUUCCUAAAGGGGAUAUUGACAUCAAAGCCCCGGAAGUUGACAUUAAAGGAGUGGACAUUGAUGUCGAGGGUCCGAGUGGAAAGAUUAAAGGACCAAAAUUCAAGAUGCCAGGAAUAUCUGGGCCUAAAAUUUCAAUGCCUGAUGUGGAUUUCAAUCUGAAAGGCCCCAAAGUUGAAGGUGAGGUGGAUGUUCCAAAGAUUGAAGGAAAAGUGAAAGCACCGGGAGUCGACAUUGAGGGACCAAAGGUUGACAUCGAAGGUCCAAAAGGUGGAUUUGAAAUGCCCAAAAUUAAAAUGCCAACAUUUGGCUUUAAAGGUCCAAAGGUGGAGGGUCCAGAUGUUGACAUAAACCUUCCCAAAGCUGAUUUCAAUGUCAAAGCACCUGAAGUUGAUAUUAGUGGACCAGACGUUGAAGGCCCUGAUGCCAAACUCAAAGGACCCAAGUUCAAACUGCCAUCACUGUCAGGACCCAGCCUACCCGACUUUGACAUUAAUUUGAAAGGGCCCAAACUCAAGGGAGAUGUUGAUGUGUCAGCUCCAAAGAUUGAAGGCGAUAUUAAAAUCCCUGAAGUAGAUGUCCACGGUCCCAAGAUGGACAUUGGCUCUCCACAGGGAAAAUUUUCAGGGCCCAAGGUAAAGUUUCCAACAAUAAGUGGACCCAAAAUGUCCCUGCCAGAUGUUGACAUCAAUUUAAAGGGACCAAAGUUGAAAGGAGAUAUGAAGGGGGAUUUUCAACUAUCAAAACCUGAAAUUGAGGGACCAGAUGCUUCAAUUGAUAUUCCAGAAACUGGUUCAAAGAAAAUGAAAUUCAAACUGCCAAGGUUUGGUUUCAAGGGUCCAAAGCUAAAUGCACCAGACAGUGAGUUGAAAUUGCCACAAGGCGACAUCAACCUCAAAGGAAAAACUGGCAGCCUUGAGGGUGUUGACCUUGAUUUGGAACUGUCUACACCAAAAGCCAAAGGAUCUAAAUUCAAAAUGCCAAAAUUUGGAUUUAAAAGUCCAAAAGUUGAAGGUCCAGAUGCUGAUAUAAAUGUUUCAACACCUAAGACUGAAAUAGAGACACCGGAAGUGAAAAUAGAAGCACCUGAUAUUGACGUUGAGGGUCCAAGUGGGAAGAUCAAAGGAUCAAAAUUCAAGAUGCCAAAUAUCUCAGGACCAAAGAUUUCCAUGCCAGACGUAGAUUUCAAACUAAAAGGUCCUAAAUUUGAAGGUGAUGUUGAUAUACCAAAGGCUGAAGGAAAAAUAAAGGUACCUAAGGUGGAUAUAAAAGGCUCAGAGAUUGACUUGGAAGGCCCAAAAGGUGGACUGGAUAUGCCCAAAAUUAAAAUGCCAACAUUUGGUUUCAAAGGUCCAAAGGUUGAGGGUCCAGAUGUUGACAUAAACCUUCCCAAAGCUGAUGUCAAUGUCAAAGCACCUGAAAUUGAUAUUAGUCUACCAGAAGUUGAAGGCCCUGAUGGAAAACUCAAAGGACCCAAGUUCAAACUGCCAUCACUGUCAGGACCCAGCCUACCCGACUUUGACAUUAAUUUGAAAGGGCCCAAACUCAAGGGAGAUGUUGAUGUGUCCGUUCCAAAGAUUGAGGGAGACAUAAAGGCACCCAAGGUGGACAUCGAAGGACCAGAUAUUGACAUUGAGGGCCACAAGGGAGGACUUAAAAUGCCCAAAUUCAAAAUGCCAGGCUUUGGUAUGAAGGGUCCAAAAGUUGAAGGUCCAGAUGUUGAUGUCAGCCUUCCUAAAGGGGAUAUUGACAUUAAAGCCCCGGAAGUUGACAUUAAAGGAGCAGACAUUGAUGUGGAGGGUCCGAGUGGAAAGAUCAAAGGACCAAAAUUCAAGAUGCCAGGUAUAUCCGGGCCAAAAAUCUCCAUGCCGGAUGUGGAUUUUAACUUGAAAAGUCCUAAACUUGAAGGUGACAUCAAAAUUCCAAAAAUGCAAGGAGAAAUAAAGGUACCGGAAGUAGAUAUCGAAGGUCCAGAGUUUGAUGCUAAGGGCCCCAAAGGUGGAUUUGAAAUGCCCAAAAUUAAAAUGCCAACAUUUGGUUUCAAGGGUCCAAAGGUGGAGGGUCCAGAUGUUGACAUAAAUCUUCCCAAAGCUGAUGCCAAUGUGAAAGGACCUGAAGUUGAUAUUAGUGGACCAGAAGUUGAAGGGCCUGAUGCAAAACUCAAAGGUCACAAAUUCAAACUGCCAUCAUUAUCAGGACCCAGCCUACCAGACUUUGACAUUAACUUGAAAGGGCCCAAAAUUAAGGGAGAUGUUGAUGUGUCGGUUCCAAAGAUUGAGGGAGACAUAAAGGCACCCAAGGUGGACAUUGAGGGACCAGAUGUUGACAUUGAGGGCCAUAAAGGAGGACUUAAAAUGCCCAAAUUCAAAAUGCCAGGCUUUGGUAUGAAGGGUCCAAAAGUUGAAGGUCCAGAUGUUGAUGUCAGCCUUCCUAAAGGGGAUAUUGACAUCAAAGCCCCCGACGUUGACAUUAAAGGAGCAGACAUUGAUGUGGAGGGUCCGAGUGGAAAGAUCAAAGGACCAAAAUUCAAGAUGCCAGGUAUAUCUGGGCCCAAAAUCUCAAUGCCUGAUGUGGAUUUCAAUCUGAAAGGCCCCAAAGUUGAAGGUGAUUUAGAUGUUCCAAAGAUUGAAGGAAAGUUCAAAACACCUGAACUUGACAUCAAAGGUCCCCAGGUUGAUAUUGAAGGUCCAAAAGGUGGAUUUGAAAUGCCACAUAUUAAGAUGCCAUCUUUUGGCUUUAAAGGUCCAAAGGUGGAGGGUCCAGAUGUUGACAUAAACCUUCCCAAAGCUGAUGUCAAUAUCAAAGCACCUGAAGUUGAUAUUAGUGGACUAGAAGUUGAAGGGCCUGAUGGAAAACUGAAAGGGCCCAAGUUCAAACUGCCAUCACUGUCAGGACCCAGCCUACCAGAUUUUGACAUUAAUUUGAAAGGGCCCAAACUCAAAGGAGACGUUGAUGUGUCUGCUCCAAAGAUUGAGGGAGACAUAAAAGCACCCAAGGUGGACAUUGAAGGACCAAAUAUUGACAUUGAGGGCCACAAAGGAGGACUUAAAAUGCCCAAAUUCAAAAUGCCAGGCUUUGGUAUGAAGGGUCCAAAAGUUGAAGGUCCAGAUGUUGAUGUCAGCCUUCCUAAAGGGGAUAUUGACAUCAAAGCACCCGACGUUGACAUUAAAGGAGCUGACAUUGAUGUCGAGGGUCCGAGUGGAAAGAUCAAAGGACCAAAAUUCAAGAUGCCAAGUUUAUCCGGGCCCAAAAUUUCAAUGCCUGAUGUCGAUUUCAAUCUGAAAGGCCCCAAAGUUGAAGGUGAUUUAGAUGUUCCAAAGAUUGAAGGAAAAGUGAAAGCACCGGGAGUUGACAUUGAGGGACCAAAAGUUGACAUCGAAGGUCCAAAAGGUGGAUUUGAAAUGCCCAAAAUUAAAAUGCCAACAUUUGGCUUUAAAGGUCCAAAGGUGGAGGGUCCAGAUGUUGACAUAAACCUUCCCAAAGCUGAUUUCAAUGUGAAAGGACCUGAAGUUGAUAUUAGUGGACCAGAAAUCGAAGGCCCUGAUGCCAAACUCAAAGGACCCAAGUUCAAACUGCCAUCACUGUCAGGACCCAGCCUACCAGACUUUGACAUUAAUUUGAAAGGGCCCAAACUCAAGGGAGAUGUUGAUGUGUCCGUUCCAAAGAUUGAGGGAGACAUAAAGGCACCCAAGGUGGACAUUGAGGGACCAGAUGUUGACAUUGAGGGCCACAAGGGAGGACUUAAAAUGCCCAAAUUCAAAAUGCCAGGCUUUGGUAUGAAGGGCCCAAAAGUUGAAGGUCCAGAUGUUGAUGUCAGCCUUCCUAAAGGGGAUAUUGACAUCAAAGCCCCGGAAGUUGACUUUAAAGGAGUCGAUAUUGAUGUGGAGGGUCCGAGUGGAAAAAUCAAAGGACCAAAAUUCAAGAUGCCAAGUUUAUCCGGGCCCAAAAUCUCCAUGCCGGAUAUGGAUUUCAAUCUGAAAGGCCCCAAAAUUGAAGGUGAGGUGGAUAUUCCAAAGAUUGAAGGAAAAGUGAAAGCACCAGGAGUCGACUUUGAGGGACCGAAAGUUGAAAUUGAAGGUCCAAAAGGUGGAUUUGAAAUGCCAAAAAUUAAAAUGCCAACAUUUGGCUUUAAAGGUCCAAAGGUGGAGGGUCCAGAUGUUGACGUAAACCUUCCCAAAGCUGAUUUCAAUGUGAAAGGACCUGAAGUUGAUAUUAGUGGACCAGAAAUCGAAGGCCCUGAUGCCAAACUAAAAGGACCCAAAUUCAAACUGCCAUCACUGUCAGGACCCAGCCUACCAGACUUUGACAUUAAUUUGAAAGGGCCCAAACUCAAGGGAGAUGUUGAUGUGUCCGUUCCAAAGAUUGAGGGAGACAUAAAGGCACCCAAGGUGGACAUUGAGGGACCAGAUGUUGACAUUGAGGGCCACAAAGGAGGACUUAAAAUGCCCAAAUUCAAAAUGCCAUCCUUUGGUAUAAAGGGUCCAAAAGUUGAAGGUCCAGAUGUUGAUGUCAGCCUUCCUAAAGGGGAUAUUGACAUCAAAGCCCCGGAAGUUGACAUUAAAGGAGCGGACAUUGAUGUCGAGGGUCCGAGUGGAAAGAUCAAAGGACCAAAAUUCAAGAUGCCAAGUAUAUCUGGGCCCAAAAUGUCCAUGCCAGAUAUGGAUUUCAAUCUGAAAGGCCCCAAAGUUGAAGGUGAGGUGGAUAUUCCAAAGAUUGAAGGAAAAGUGAAAGGACCGGGAGUCGACUUUGAGGGACCGAAAGUUGACAUUGAAGGUCCAAAAGGUGGAUUUGAAAUGCCCCACAUUAAAAUGCCAACAUUUGGCUUUAAAGGUCCAAAGGUGGAGGGUCCAGAUGUUGACAUAAACCUUCCCAAAGCUGAUUUCAAUGUGAAAGGACCUGAAGUUGAUAUUAGUGGACCAGAAGUCGAAGGGCCUGAUGGAAAACUGAAAGGGCCCAAAUUCAAACUUCCAUCACUGUCAGGACCCAACCUACCAGACUUUGACAUUAAUUUGAAAGGCCCAAAACUGAAGGGAGAUGUUGACGUGUCCGCUCCAAAGAUUGAGGGAGACAUAAAGGCACCCAAGGUGAACAUUGAGGGACCAGAUAUUGACAUUGAGGGCCACAAGGGAGGACUUAAAAUGCCCAAAUUCAAAAUGCCAGGCUUUGGUAUGAAGGGCCCAAAAGCUGAAGGUCCAGAUGUUGAUGUCAGCCUUCCUAAAGGGGAUAUUGACAUCAAAGCCCCGGAAGUUGACAUUAAAGGAGCGGACAUUGAUGUCGAGGGUCCAAGUGGAAAGAUCAAAGGACCAAAAUUCAAGAUGCCAGGUAUUUCCGGGCCCAAAAUCUCCAUGCCUGAUGUGGAUUUCAAUCUGAAAGGCCCCAAAGUUGAAGGUGAGGUGGAUGUUCCAAAGAUUGAAGGAAGAGUGAAAGCACCGGGAGUUGAUAUUAGUGGACCAGACCUUGAAGGUCCUGAUGUAAAAUUGAAAGGGCCAAAGUUCAACCUUCCAUCACUUUCAGGACCCAGUCUACCAGACUUCGACAUUAAUUUGAAAGGCCCCAAAGUUAAGGGAGAUGUCUCAGCUCCAAAGGUUGAGGGAGACAUCAAAGGCCCCAAGAUGGAUAUCCAAGGUCCAGAGAUUGACAUUCAAGGACCCAAAAGUGCACUUAAUAUGCCCAGUAUUAAAAUGCCAUCUUUUGGUUUGAAAGGUCCAAAGGUUGAGGGUCCAGAUGCUGACAUACACCUUCCCAAGGCCGAUAUCAAUGUAAAAACACCGAAAGUUGAUAUUACAGUGCCUGAAGUUGAAUGUUCCUAUGCAAAACCAAAAGGACCCAAAAUGAAACUUCCAUCAUUGUCUGGACCUAAGUUGCAGGGCCCCGACAUUAACAUUAACAUUCCCAAACCCGACAAUGAAUUUAAAACAUCCGAUAUUGGAAUUGACCUAAAAGGGCCUAAAGUUAAAGGUGAAGUGGAUGCAUCGGUGCCCAUGUUUGAAAGUGACAUAAAAGGUCCAAAUGCUAACAUCUCUAAUGAUGAUGAAAAGACUGCUGUUACCUUUCCUAAGUUUAAAGGUCCUAAGUUUGCAAUGAAAACCCCAGUUCUCGAAGAGUCUAAAUCCAAUAUCAAGAUGCCCAGUACAGCACCAAAAAGUCUCAAAACAGAAGUUAGUUUCCCAGACACUGAUGCAAGUGUUGAUGCCCCUGAUAUUGACAUCAAUGUAAAAGGGAAAAAAGGAAAAUUUAAACUUCCAAAAGUUAAAGGAAAGGCAAAGAAACCUGAUGUUGACAUAGAAACACCAUCAACAGAAAUCAAUGCAGACAUAACAAACAGUUAUGCUAAAGGAACAAAAACAAAGAAGUCUCGGUUUGGAAAGCUUCAUUUUCCUGAUGUAGAAUUAGAUAUAAAAUCACCAAAACUAAAAGGAGAUGGAUCUUUAUCUGCCAUUGAUGGCUCUGGCAGUCAUAGUGCAAAUGUUAACUUGGAAGGGUCGAACAUGAAAGUAAAAUCUUCUAAUAUUAAAAUGCAAAGCGGGACUGAUUCAGAAAUAAACGCAAGUGCUUCAGGAGGAAGUGCAAGUGGUGGCCUUCAGUACCCAGAGGGUAAAGUCACAUUUACCAAAAUCACAAUGCCAAAGUUUGGCAUUGUGUUGCCACAGGUGGAAACCAAAGAAAGUGGAGGAAAUAUUGAAUCAGAACCUGCAGCUAGUGUAGACAUCAAGACAGAAUCUCCAUCUAUUAGUUGCCAAGUCAGUUCUCAAAAUAUUGAGGUUCCCAGUCCAGAGCUGAGACAAGAAGGCAAAGUUAAGGUAAAGAUGCCAAAAAUUUUUGGCAAAUCAAAAGCAAAGGGCAGUAGUGUAAGUGACCUUCACGGAUCAGAGGCAGAAUUAAGUAGCAGUGGAAAAGCAGGUAAGACCUCUAAAGAGCUAAGUGUACAUUCUGGGGAAAUGAUGGGUGGAAAAAUAGAAUUAGAGGGUGAUCCUGGACUGGGUUUGUCAACUAAAGGCAAAUCGGCCUCACUUGAUCUUUUUAAGAAAUCAAGACAUCGAUCUUCCUCUUUCAGUGAUGAGGGGGGAGUUAGUUCUCCUUCAGCUCAAUUAGAGGCUGAAGGUGGUGACAUUUCUUUAGAUCUCGGAAGCAAGGUCAAGGGAAAGAAAGGCAAGCUUAAGUUUGGUACUUUUGGAGGUUUUGGUUCAAAGUCAAAGGGCUCAUAUGAAGUGACACUGGGAGAUGACAGUGAAGCAGGAAUGGAGGGGAGUGCAGGUGUUUCGCUACCUGCUAAAAAAUCAAGACUGUCUUCAUCCUCUAGCAGUGAUAGUGGUUCAAGAGGUGGUUUCAGGUUCCCCAAAGUUGAGCUAUCAGUUUCACCCACAAAGUGAUAAAGAGACAAAUUAAAACCUCAAUUGCAACCAAAUGUUUUCUCCUAAUAUUGAAAAUUGCUCUUUGUUUCUUUAAAACCUAAGGAGACAUGCACAAUCAUCUCAGUGUGGUUAAUUAUGAAUAUCUUUUAGUAAUCAAACAGAAGUGCAUGAGAUUGUUUAAAAUCCCUUCAAACUGUAAAUAAGAUUAAUUUGUAAUAAUAAAUAUUGUUUUUUGUAUAUAGUCCAGAUUUAAUAAAUAUAUGCCAUCUCACAUCAAUAGUUUGUUACAGGGUUUUCUCACUGUGUUCUUUUUCAUUCUAUUAAAUAAAUGUUAAUGAAUGGUUGUGGUAUAUUUGUGUCCAGGGGUCUAUUGCACAGAACCAAUAUGUUUUUUUUAAAGAUUAAAAUGUUGUUUAUUCACUCAAAUACAGUUACCUUUUUAAGUAGGGAGUGAUUUUAUUUUCAAACUUUAAUAAUAUAUAAUCAGUAAGUAAAGAUGCCUUUUUAUAACACAUUGUAAAGAGUGAUAAUGUAUAUACCAAUACUGCAACUGUUUUUACAUUUUCAAGUGCUGUCAGUAGUAUUCUGUUCAUUUUAAACAAAAUGUAUUUGCUUAAAUUUGCCGUUUACCACAAAUAUUCAUUUGGUUCAGUUAUUUUAAACAGGAUCUCUUUCCUAAUCAUGUGUUAUUGUCACUCAUUAAUGGUCUGUUUAAUGAUUUUAUUUCAUUCUGUCACUCUCUCUCUUUGUAUACACACCAUAUGCUUGCAUUAAGUGUCACAAAUAGUACCCCCUUGAUGUUAAUUUGUUUGCAUACAAAUUCUUUGUUGAUAGACAAAGAAAUAGUAUUGACUAGAUGCAAGAGAGAUCAUUAUUUGGGUCUAUUUUUUUGUGUGCAAUCUGCCAAAUAAACUAAAUAAAAAAACUUUUUGAAUUCAAA